AUGAGCCCAAGAGGAGCAUCGUGGAACCACUGCCGCAUCAGCUGCCGCUGCUGUUUCCGUCCCAACACCAUUGGCGCCCGGCACGUUUCAAACACUGGCGCCGCCGUUUCAACCAUCGACGCCGCUGCUUCAUUCAACCAAUCCUCAAGCGCCACGUCGGCUGCGGAGAUACCCGCUCCUCCCUCAACGACGGAGCUGCAGGGAGCCGCCGUGGGAAACGAAUCUCUGUUGAUUGCGCUGCAUCGCGCGGAAUUGGACGGCCACGGAAUUAAGUCGGCGAAAGGGGUGAUCGGGAACGCGUGCGGCCACGCGGAGGCUGAAGGGGAGGCGGAAGGGGAGGCGGCGAAAGGGGAGGCGGAAGCUUCUUCCGCUGAAGUGAAGGCGGAAGAGAACGCGGAAGGGGAGGCGGGGAAGUCGAGAGUGGCCGUGGGGCUGCUGCAGCUCGCCAUGGCGCCAUCCGUGGUAGUAGCGGAUGUGACGGAGACAUCCGACUCAAAUGAGGUGGUGGCGCCGCAGUAA